GUUAAAAAUCCAGAGACUGAAACAAUAAAAACACUAAACGAUCGCUUUGCCACACACACACACACACACACACACACAGAGACACACACAAACAAACACUCGCAUACAUACAGAGACAGAAAGGACGAAGGACUCAGAACUCAGGACUCAGGACUUGUGCGUCUGUUAACAGCCGCAUUUAAAUUCAAAUGCGAAACGUUGAUCAAACGGUGCAGACGUGUUUCUCCCAACGGUAGCGCUCGGCGUUUUCCCUUAACGAGUUUUUCGUGCCACGAGUAAAGUGUAUAAGUUCGGAAAAUUUUCUGUUUUACCAACAAAUAUAUAAAAGAGAAAAACACACACAAGUGCAAGUUAAGAACAAAAGUGCUUAAAUAAUCAUUUGAACUGCAAAACUAAGCAAAGCCAAAGCCAUGUCUUCCUCCGAGGCCGAAGUUGACAUCAGUGUGGUCUCCAGUCCGGAGCCGAGUCCUUUGGGCGCCGCCGUUCGCGACAGUCCACUACUGGCCCGCUCGCCUGCCCGCUCCGCCGACGGCAGUUCGCCCCCGGCCACGCCGACCCAUCGUUCCAAUACGCCCAACACUGCCGCCGGCACGCCCACAACGUCCGCCUCGGGCGGCAAUCACUUCCACCAUAGUCCCAGCGGAGGCGCUGUACCGCCGGCGGUGUUGCACCACCAUCUGCAGCACCACCUCAGCAGUCUUGGCGGCCACCCGGUGGCGCUCCAUCACGCGCUCCACACCUUUGGCCACUUGCAUCCCGCCCACGGGGCCACACACCCCGCCCUGCUGCAGCACGCCCUCACGCCCACCAGCCAGCAGCAGCAUCCACAGUUGCAGGUGCACCAGCAGCAGCAGUCGCAUGUCGAGCGCCUUAGUCCGCCGAUGAAGAGUCCGGAGCGGAACGGCGGCGAUGAGGUGCAGGCACACAGCCUCAACAACAACAACAGCAAGGCCCUCAAUCACAACAACACUUGCGCCUCGGCGGCCGCAGCGGCGGCUGCAGCAGCGGUGGCAGCGGCCAACCUGAGCAACAACAGCAACGACAGCAACGGGAGCAGCGGGGGUGGCGGCGGCAAGGGCACCACCGGCUCCAACGGAUUCACCAGCUUCUCCAUCUCCAGCAUCCUGAGUCGCAGCGAGCCGGCCAAGAAGAACGGUGCCGCCGGACUCAUCACUCCGAUCCCGCAGCUGCCACAGCCCGGAGCCGGCGGUCCACAGGAUGCAGCCAUGCUGUCCAGAUUGGGUUUCAUUUCGCAGUGGGGAGCGUUGGCCGGUCGCUACGCAGCCCUGUGUCCGCCCGGAUGGCCCUGGGCCCCCCAGCGACUGCCCUUCCACAGUCCCACUCAUGACAGCUCCUCGACGAACACGACCGAGAAUCCGCCAUCGCCCACUUCCAUGAGCCCGAACAACAACAAUAACAACAGCAACACCACUGCCAGCUCGAACCAGGCCAGCAAGUCGCCCUCGCACCACCCACUCCACCCCCUGUACCACCCCCUCGGCUCGCAACAGCAGCAGCAGCAGCAACAGCAUCCACAGCAGCAACAGCAUCCACAGCAGCAGCAACAGCAGCAACAUCCUCACCAGCCCACCACGCCCACCAGCAGCAGCAGCAGCGGAGGCGGCAGCAGUCUGGCCCACCAUCCACAUCCGCAUCCGCACCUGACCGGCUCACAUGGCGGAUACUUGCUGCCCAGCAGCUCCAACGAAUCCGACGAGGAGGGCGAGGAGAUCAUCGAGGAGGAUGACGGUACCGAUGGACCCUCCGACAGCUCCUCGCCCCAUGGCGAUGGCAACUCGAAGAGGAAGAAGAAAACCAGGACUGUGUUCUCGCGUGCCCAGGUCUUCCAGCUGGAGUCCACCUUCGAUCUGAAGCGCUACCUCAGCUCCUCGGAGCGAGCAGGCCUAGCCGCAUCCCUGCGCCUGACCGAGACGCAGGUGAAGAUCUGGUUCCAGAACCGCCGCAAUAAGUGGAAGCGCCAGCUGGCCGCCGAACUGGAGGCGGCCAAUAUGGCCAACAUGGCGCAUGCGGCACAGAGAUUGGUGCGGGUGCCGGUGCUCUACCACGAUGGCACCACGGCCGGAUUUGUGCCGCCGCCACCCCCGCACCACCACCCCAUGCAGUACUAUGCAGCGGCACGCAACACCAGCCCCCCGCGACCCCCGCUCUCGUCGCUGGUAUAG